UACAUUCCCACACAAAUUCAAAACAAGAAAUUCAUAUUCAAAUGAAAUCCACAAUUAUCAUGAUUUUGGCGGUUUUAGUUUCAGCUGGCGCUAUAAUUUCCAUAGCUAUGGCAGUGAAUGUAAUUCCGGCGAUAUGGUCGUUGGUUCUGCCAUGGCUGAGGCCGCCGUAUUUGCACAUCCUAAUCAACGGCAUCAUCAUCGCCAUCGCCACCGCGUCGCGAUUCUGCCGGAGCCAGACGCCUCCGCCGGCGACUCGAUCGCAGCACCUGAUUUCUGUCAAAACUCCUCCGCCGGCGUAUUAUGCGGAUUACUCACCUCCGCCGGAGGUCAGGGAUGUGGCGGAGGUACCGGAGGCGUACGAGAGUGAAGAUGCGGUUAUGGACCUGAAACCGGUGAUGGUGAAUGGUUUGGAAGUCGGCGCCGAUGCGGAAGAAGAUGAAGGCGAGGACAACGCAUUGGACGGCAGUACUUUGACGUACAAUCACCCGUUGCCAGAGAAAUUCUCGCCGGUGGAUCCAACAGGAAACGUUCCUGAGAGAAAGGCCGCUCUCGAUGAAGUUCCGGAACGGCUGGCGCCUUAUCGACACACGCGGAAAUCGAAAAGCUUCAGAGAGCGUGAGUCGCCGCGGAGUCGGAGAAACUCGAACCGGCGAAUUGAGGCGUACCUGGAUCGAUCGUUGACGUGCAACUCACUAUCGCCGCAGAAUCAAAUCGGAAACAUUCCACCAACAGGAGUUGAGGCGAGGGAGGAAGAAUACGAGACGCUAGAGAGUGCGUGGAAGAGGAUAACGGAAAAUGCAAGCCAGACACAGAUUGAAUCAACGUCGAUGUUGAUGAUUGAGAAAGCGGUAUCGCCAAGUGUGGACGAGUUGCACCAGCGAGUCGAGGCAUUCAUCAAGAAGGUGAACAACGAAAUUAGAUUGCAUAGGCAAAAUUCGUCCAAUCAGUAUAUACAACUUAAUAGUGCAGCCUAGUCCCCAUAUUAUUUUUUUUUCAAACCUUCAAAAGAUAAAAAAAAAAUCUUAGAUAAUUUGCUGCAACAUUAUAGGAUACAAUCCAACACAAGUAGGUAAGUUAUGAACUGUUUCUUUUAUUCUAUUUGUGUAUAUGUAAAUGAGGUUUUUCUUUUUUGGACAGACGUAGACAUGUAGUAGCUAUGUUGUACUAUGUUGUUUUGUUCACCCAGUGUAUUUGGCUAUGAAUUUGGAAUUUUGAGUAUUGUGAAA